GUGAAAUAUGAACCCUACUGUUUCAUUUCUCAUUUUUAGUCCUGUGUUGUUGUUGUUGUUUUUUUGUGUGUGUGUGUGUGUGUUUUAGGAAUGGUUUAAUAAUUCCAGUCAGGAUGAAGAUGAAGAUCUUUUAUCAUCUGACGACUCUGUUGAUGGACUCACAACUCAUACUGCUUCAACAUCCAGUUCUCUCACUGACUCCAGCAGUACCAUAACAAACAGCAUCAACACUCUGCAGGCUGGUGAGGAUCAGGAAUCAUUUGACUCUUUUGAGUUUGAAUCAGACUCUGCGGCAUCUGAGCAAGAUUCUCCAGUCCAAGACAAAUUACUCAUCUCUAGUCAACAGGACGGGCCGUUCCCCUACAUCAAUGAAGAAACAUCCACAGAGACCAGACAUCCUGGUAUGUGGUGUGAAAAAUCAGAGGAAGAAGAGAAAGAGAAAUUCAUCCCUACAUCCAAAAGUGAGAUAGAGAAAUAUAAAGUGAGUCGAACACUAAGCUUUCUCAGGAGCCGGAUGGUCAACACCAAAAUAAAAAAUAAGGUCAAUGCAGAGGUUUCCUCAGCUUUGCACCAGCUCUGUCCACCGCAGCAGCCUGUUAAAGCAGCUUGUAUAGUCUGUGAGGGAGCUGACAGUAAUGAACCACAGCAGUGCACAUACUGCUCCAUGAUCAUUCAUAAAACCUGCUGUGACUCUGCACCUGUGUGUGUAAAGAAUCCUCACCAGGCACUUCUGAAAAGCGCUGACUCUUCAUUAUUACUAUACUCGUCUAGUCAAAGUUCUCCAUCCCUGACUCUGGGCAAUGACACCACCAUGUCACACAGAAAGCGGAGUAACAGUGAGGGGUGUGGCCAUGAUUUCAAGCUAUGGAAAAGCAAGUCUUUUAUUGGUUGUUCUUCUGGAAGCCCCACCUCCAAUUCUACUGAUUCUUUGGCUCACAUAUCAUUUGACUACUCUGCUGAAUCUUGGAGCGCUGUCGUGGACAAUGAAUUCAGUAGGACACUGGACAAAAAGGUGGUCAAGAGACAGGAGAUCAUCUAUGAGCUGAUGCAGACAGAAUUUCACCAUGUGCAGACUCUCUCUGUUAUGGCUGAUGUUUUGAGACGGGGACUGUUGGAGGACGUGCAGCUGGAGCAGGACGUGAUCGCUCAGAUUUUCCCCAGGCUGGAUGAGCUCUUAGCUUUGCAUAAAAACUUUCUUAUAGACAUGGAGACCAGACAGCGUGCAUCUAUUCACCCAGGAAUGCAUAAGAACUACAUCAUACAACAAAUUGGUGAUAUUCUGUGUCAACAGUUUGCAGGUCGAAAUGCUUCUCAGAUGAUAGAGCUGUAUGGUGAUUUCUGCAGUCGGCAUCCAGAAGCUCUGAAAAUGUAUAAGCAGCUAUUACAGAGCAACAGGAAAUUACAGUUAUUUCUCAGACAGCAGAGUAACAACUCUGUCAUCAAACGGCGUGAAAUCCCAGAAUUCCUGUUGCUUGUUACCCAGAGAAUCACAAAGUACCCUGUUCUGAUAGAGAGACUCCUUCAACACACUGAUGAUAACAGUGCUGAGCGCUAUGAUAUUGCAGUGGCACUGGAGGGUCUUCGGGGAUUGAUAGAGGAGGUGGAGCGACGUGUGGGAGAUUACCAGAAUGCAGAGAAACUACAAGAUAUCAUCAGUCGCCUAGACAACAAGAGCUGCACUCGCCUGAAGAACGGAGAGAUCUUCGGCAAGCAAGACCUGCAGAAAACACACCGAACUCUCACACACUCUUCAGCGCUGACCUGUAGGACCACCUCUGGCAGACUGAGAGAUGUUCUUGCACUGCUCUUCACAGAUGUUUUGACUUUCCUUCAGGAGAAAGAGCAGAAGUUUGUCUUUGCUGCACUGGAGCAGAAGCCGUCUGUGUUGCCCUUGCGAAGGCUCAUUGUGAGGGAAAUAGCCAAUCAGGAGAGAGGAUUAUUUCUGAUCAGCGGCGAUUGCUCUGUGGGGCCUGAGAUGUACGAGAUACACACACAAACUCGUGAGGAACGCAACACAUGGAUGACACUGCUGAGACAGGCUGCCGAUAGCCUUCCUGAUGAUCAGACUAAGAAGAAUGAGGGGGAAAUCAAAGUCAAAAAGAUACAGAAGUUACAAGAGGCACUGUUUUCUCUGGACCAGCGGCUGUGCUCUGUUAUUGAGGAGAAGUUAAAGAUCUGUAGAGGGACUGGUAGAUGGAGUCUGGCUACUUGCCGCCUUCUCGUUCAACCCCACCCUGAAAACACGCCUCAAGGUGUCACAUUACUGUCUGACGCACAGGAAGAGGUGGUGAAGCUGGCUAUCACUUUGUUGACUUGGCUUUUUCCUUGCAUAUGGUCACCAAGUAACCAGGAGAACAUAGGCCAGGAAAGAGCAAACAAUAUCAAACAAAAUUUGCCAAGUCGGAGCAGAAGGAGUGCUUUGGUAGGAACUGGGGUGGGGCCUCUCUCAAUAGCCCCAAUAAGCCCCGCCCACCAGACUUAUUUAAAGGUAGCGGAGGGUGUUCACAACUUAAUCCACAUACUCUACAGUCUGCAGGCUGCAGUAAUUAUCCAAGACAGCUGCUUUGAAGUUCAAAAUCUCCUCCUCCUCGAGGGAGAAGCCCCGCCCCCAACUCUUACAAGUGAUUAUGAUGUCAAAAGGCAGGGUUUGGAGUGUGGCACGGUCAGUGGGACUGAAGCUGUGCAGCAGAAAGAACUGGAGCAGAGAGAAAAAGAGCACGCUGAACUGACAGACAGACUGGAGAAAGACAAAGAGCAGUUCGAGGAGGAGCUGCGGCUGUUUGAGGAGAAGAUGAGGAAACUGAGAGAAGAGGAGAAGAGAGUGAAGAAAGAGAGAGAAAGAUUAAAGGAAGAGGGAAAGAAAGUGCAGAAAGAGAAGAAUAGUUUGGAGACACAGAUAAGACUCAUUCAACACAAUUCAAAUCAUCGGCAAGGCAUCUUGCCUUCUAUCAUAUAACAGGAGAAAUGAUGUGCAUUUAUACGUGUGUUACAGUUUUUAUGUGUUUAAGUGUUAAUGAGACAUUGUUGUGUUUUACUGGCAGAGCUGGAGACAAGUUAUGAACUUCAAGAGCAAGACCAGGCUGUUCAUUUGAAAGAACUGAAGUGGAGAGAAAACAGCA